CGUCCCAGUUAGCUUAAAUUCCAUACGCCAUCAUCAUCUUCUUCGUCAUCUUCUUGCUUCAAUAACUAUUUUAUUGAUAUAUUUAUUAUUAUUAUUAUUAUUUAAUUCACAUUCAUUGGCCAAAGCAAUGGCAACCCACUUCAGGUCUCACCUAUUGCUAUUAUUCUACUAUUUUCUCAGAACCAGGUCUCACUCCCUGAGAAGAUAGAGAUAUUCAAUGGCGAAAUCAUCUCUCUCACUCCAAUUCACUAUCAUUUUCUCCCUCUCCCUCUCAGCCGCUUGCUCCUUCUCAUCGUCUUCGUCACCUCUCUCUCGUCUUAAAUCAUUUUCGCUACCAUCUUCACCUUCAAAAGCACCCAAAGCCACCCCUUCGGACCUACUUACCCUGCUCGGCGAUAGACGCUGUUCCUCAACGGUCAACCCUUUUGUAGCCCAAGAACUCAAUUCCUGCUUCAAAUUUCUCGUACCCUUUACUCCCAAUGGGAUUAAAACGGUACCCAAAAGUUGUUCUCAUAGAAAGAGCUUGAUUUCAAACAGAAAUGGAGGUCGGACACGUAGAGAGGAGGAUGAGCUUAUAUGGUGGCCUCCGCAGUCAGUGUUGGACUUGGCUCGCCUUGCUUUCGAUUCUCGUGGAGAUUCCGCGGCGAUCCACCUCGCCCUUGACCCCACUGUCAUCCCUGUACCUGAUGUUGAAGGAUCAAAUGAAGACCGAUGUCAACUCACUCGAACUCCAUAUGGGUUUCGGUUUAUUAGUGAGGAAUUGAAUUCGUACCUCAAGUUUUUGUUUGAACUUAUUGCUGCUCGUGCUCCUGCUGUUGGGUUGAAUACAUUAUUGAAUCGAUAUGAUUUUUUUCAUGGCCAUAUUUUUCUAGCCACAGACAGUGGAAGGCUUGGUAUAUUGUUCCAUGCUAAAGAGUACCCGGCAUUGGAUAAAAAAGUGUUCCCUUACAAUAUGGGCUAUUGCCAAAAAGGAUCAAAUGUGAGAUACGAUUAUUCAAUGAACUUGCGAAAUAUUCUUUGGCUGGCACCGUUGCCUAGUGAUUCAAAUGGUGCAUGGGCAGCACCAGGUGUGCUAGUGGUGUUGGAUGCUCGUCCAGGAGGAAUUAUUUAUAGAGACAUUAUACCUGAAUAUGUAAAGUUUGUUAGGACUAUAUAUGAAGAUGAUUUUGGGGAGGUGGUAGCUGAUGUCAAUUACUUGGACGUAGGAGAUGUUAAACCAAAUUAUCAACUUUUUAUUUGCUGACAUUCUUUGAUGGUAUAACGUGGAAAUUGCAUAUAUGGCUAUUCUCACAACAGUGAAUGGUUAAGAAAACAAAGAUGUAGUACUUGUUCAGGCAAUGUGAUUUUUCACUUGAUGUAUUACUGUCAAUCUGAUGCAUUAUAAUCAUGAUUGAUUCCAUUAUAUCCAGAAUAUGUUGUUGAGACUUGAGAUCAUAAACUAUUGUUGCCCUUGGUUUAGUCGAGUAAAUAUGUCUCGAAAAUAUUCCAAUGAAACAGAAUGCUAGAUAUUCAGAAUAACUAGCAUUUGCUAGAUGUGCUAGUAAACAAAUGUAAUCCGUAGGAGACCAACGGUGAAUAGAAAAAUAAAAUAAAAUUAUGAGCUAAGAAUUGGACUAGAUAA